CAAACACCGUACAAAAAAAAGAAAGAAGAAUCAAACUCAAAUGAAAUGAAAUGAUACCAAUCACUUUCCAAUCCUUUAUCACAAGAUUCAGAAUCUUCACCUACCACCACAAUUUUUCUUUAACUUCAUCUUAUUACUAUUAUUAUGAUGCAACCUCGUUCACUAAAUUAUCCAAUUAACACUAAUUUUCAACUCUUCUAUGCGUCGUGUUGUGUCUAACGUGCCGGCGAUUUUUCUGUCAACGUCGUGACGCAACCAAUUUGUUAGAUUUUUAUAUAUCUAUCUUUUUAUAAAAAAAAUUCCAUAAACUGGAUCAAGAACUUCAACCAAUGGCUUCCGUCACUAUUCAUCGCGACGAAGAAACGCCAUUGGUUACCGCCGAUGAAUCACCGAUUCAAAUUCAACAACCACCUAAAAGUCACACCAGAGAUGUUCAUAUUUUGAGCUUAGCGUUUUUGUUGAUCUUUCUUGCUUAUGGUGCUGCUCAAAAUUUACAGAGCACUCUUAACACUGAGGAAGAUUUGGGCACGACUUCGCUUGGGAUACUAUAUUUGUCUUUUACAUUUUUUUCUGUGUUUGCUUCUUUGGUGGUGCGGAUUUUAGGAUCCAAGAAUGCUUUGAUUAUUGGUACAUCUGGUUAUUGGUUAUAUGUGGCUGCAAAUUUGAAGCCGAAUUGGUAUACAUUGGUUCCGGCCUCUGUGUAUCUUGGGUUUUGUGCUUCUAUAAUAUGGGUUGGACAGGGGACAUAUCUAACUUCCACUGCACGCAGUCAUGCUAUAGACAACAAUCUCCACGAAGGUGCAGUAAUUGGUGACUUCAACGGGGAAUUCUGGGGUGUGUAUGCACUCCAUCAGUUUAUUGGAAAUCUUAUUACAUUUGCUCUACUCAGUGAUGGGCAGGGGGGAAGUACCAAAGGCACAACUUUAUUGUUUGUGGUAUUCCUUUUCGUUAUGACCUUUGGUGCAAUACUAAUGGGUUUCCUGCAUAAACGGAGUGGUAAUAGUAAAGAAGGGUACAAGGAUUCAGAAGCUGAUGCUGGUGAAUCAAAGUCACUUAAGUCUCUAUGUAAAUCACUCACAAGUGCAUUGUCUGAUGUGAAGAUGUUAUUGAUCAUACCCCUUAUAGCAUAUUCAGGUCUACAACAAGCAUUUGUAUGGGCGGAAUUUACCAAGUAUGUUGUAACUCCAGCAAUUGGUGUUUCUGGUGUUGGUAUUGCAAUGGCAUCAUAUGGAGCUUUUGAUGGAAUAUGUUCUCUGGCUGCUGGUCGUCUCACCUCUGGUCUCACAUCCAUUACAUCAAUAGUUUCUUUUGGAGCUUUUGCUCAGGCGGUUGUACUUAUCUUACUUCUGCUAAAUUUCAGCAUAUCUAGCGGAUUUCUCGGUACUUUAUAUAUACUCUUUUUGGCUGGUUUAUUGGGUGUCGGUGAUGGAGUUCUAAUGACGCAGCUCAAUGCUUUGCUAGGAAUGCUAUUUAAGCAUGACAUGGAAGGGGCUUUUGCACAGCUAAAGAUAUGGCAAAGCGCUACAAUUGCUAUCGUGUUCUUUUUGGCCCCGUACAUUUCGUUCCAAGCAGUUAUCAUUAUCAUGUUGGUUUUACUAUGCUUGUCAUACUGCAGUUUUCUAUGGUUGGCUCUCAAGGUAGGGAAUGCAUCAUCACCUUCCACCAGUGAAUGAAUAUAACGUUUGCUAUACACUCCGUCAUCUUUGUUUUAUGGUCCAGUUUCCUUCAGUUGAUUCAAGUGUAUAAUAUGUGACAGUUAUAAUUUAUCAGUUCAUGUGGCUGUUAGUUAUUUACUGAAGAAUAUUCUGUAUGAGUUGUAUGAGUUAGUAAGAUGUGCACACAAUGAAAGUUCUGUCCACAUACAAAUAAUUUGAGAUUAAGCUUGCAGAAUGAGAACAUUAAGGGUUGAUACUUCAUCCACCAAUUAUUUAAUGUACAUUGUAUUUAAUAUUAAUUAUUGUUUUGGUGAUCA